AAUCCAUUGAACCCACUCUGCGGGUUCGAGGAAUUCAGUUAAACAGUUUAAUUAAUUUUGUCGUGUCCUAUGUUAGCCACCAUUUUAAAUGCCGUAAAAAUAUCACAUGACAGAUUAAAAGCCACGCCGGACAGCACGAGCUAAUCCAGUGGAUGAUAAAUUGUUGGCCAUUGAUUAGAUCCCUAGAACUCAGAGAAUCAAGCCAGUGAAUCAACCCAGGAAAUCAAGCCAGGGAAAGCACAGGAAAUUGUUAUUUGGAAGAAUACGGAGAAACGAACAAAAAAAAAACUGCCACCAGAGAUGGACGCAGAAGAAUUCCGACGCUUUGGAAAGCAGAUGGUGGACUAUGUAGCAGAUUAUCUGGAAAACAUCCGGGACCGGAAGCCGUUUCCCGAUGUUUCCCCCGGUUAUCUAAAGGAACUAAUCCCGGACAAGGCCCCGGAUGAAGCUGAGCAAUGGCCUGACGUCAUGAAGGACAUAGAACGGGUUAUCAUGCCUGGGGUAACUCACUGGCAUUCCCCACAGUUCCACGCGUACUUCCCCACUGCUAACUCCUACCCAGCCAUCGUAGCCGACAUUCUCUCAGACGCUAUUGGAUGUAUCGGAUUUUCGUGGGCUUCCAGUCCAGCCUGUACAGAGUUAGAGAUGGUGGUUUUGGACUGGCUGGCUAAAAUGCUUGAGCUCCCAGACUGUUUCCUCCAUUCCAGUGAAGGUCACGGCGGCGGGGUCAUACAGGGAACAGCCAGUGAGGCAACAUUGGUGGCUCUCCUGUCAGCCAGAACACAGCGCUUACAUCAAAUUCUCGGUGACAAGUUCAGCCACUCACCUGAUGAAGGCAUCAUAAGCAAGAUGGUAGCUUACUGCUCCGCUCAGGCCCACAGCUCAGUGGAAAGGGCAGCGCUGAUUGGAGCAGUCAAGGUACGCCUGCUGGAGACUGAUGAAAAGUUCUCACUGAGGGGCGAGACUCUACAGAGAGCCAUAGAGAAAGACCGAGAGGCUGGGCUGAUUCCAUUCUUUUUAUGUGCUACACUCGGGACAACGUCCGUUUGUUCAUUCGAUAAUGUGUUGGAGUUGGGGACAGUCUGUGAGAAGGAGGGGCUUUGGAUGCACAUUGACGCAGCAUACGCUGGAAGUGCCUUUAUUUGUCCUGAGUUCAGACCUUUAUUAAAUGGAGUAGAACAUGCAAUGUCUUUCAACUUUAACCCUCAUAAAUGGUUACAAGUCAACUUUGACUGCUCUGCCAUGUGGGUGAAGGACAGCCGGCUUUUGAGCGAUGCAUUCAAUGUUGACCCUUUAUACCUCAAACAUGACAACCAAGGAGCCAUACCAGAUUUCAGACAUUGGCACAUUCCACUGGGGCGAAGGUUUAGGUCACUGAAGUUAUGGUUUGUUUUGCGGUUGUUUGGAAUCAAGGGUUUACAGGAAUGUAUAAGGAAGGUUAGCAUUACAAUGACAGGGCCAUUUCUAUCCCCUAUACAACGACUGUUUAUAUAUAAUGUAAACAAUACAAUCACUUUUCUUUUGAAGGAUGUUAAACUUGCUCACCAGUUUGAGGAAUUGGUAAAAGCUGACCAGAGAUUUGAAAUAUUUGGAGAAGUAGUGCUGGGCCUUGUCUGUUUUAGAAUUAAAGGUUCAAAUGAAGUUAACGAAAGAUUAUUAAAGACAAUUAACGAUGAUCGUCGUAUACACCUGGUGCCAUCCAAAGUCAAUGACACUUUCUUCUUGAGGUUUGCUGUGUGUGCUUCACGGACAGAGUCAAAAGAUGUGAAAUUUGCAUGGGAAGUCAUACAGGAACUAACGGAGAAGAUCAGUGAUGAGAAAAAAUAGUAACUGUAUACAUGUAUAUAGGGACUAUGUAGGGAACGUUUUCAUUUGUUUGAAUUUGUGGUUAUACCGGUACUCUUGUAUAUUGAUACCUACUGUAUGCACAUGUAGUAGAUAAAUUUAAAAUCAUUGAUUGGAAAAGAAAUAUUGACUACAAUUGUGUCUGAAUACAAUACAAAUAGUUAAUUGGAUCGAAUUUAAAUGUGCAAUGUGAUGAAAAUAGUGAAAUAGGAAGGUUUUUUGUUAAGUAUUUUGUAAUUCUUUAUGUAAACCUGGAUUAUUCAUUGAGGUUUUUAGAAUUUGAGCUUUUAUAUAUAUAGUAACGAUGUGCAAAAUAUCAAUAACAAUUAAUAAAUAAGUCUCUGUGAGGAA